CUCUGACAGGUUUCACUUCUCUUUGAACCAACAGCUACAAACAGUGUGUUGAGCGUGGUUUAAUGAGAGGGUUUUUACUCUCCUGAAACUCUUUCAGGACAGCUGAAUGAUGAGAGAGCAGAGCAAAUCUCAAAGGUGAACCAUGGAGCUGCUCAGCUGUCCUGCUCCAGUGGUGAUUCAGGACUCUCAUCUGACGGGCUGGGAGGUGAAAGGAUCCGGAGGGUUCGGACAGGUCUACAAAGCCCGGCACCAGCAGUGGUGCUGCGAUGUGGCAAUUAAAGUGCUUCAUUAUGACAAUGGGACCAGCCAGGCUUUGCUGAGGGAAUUGGCCAUGAUGCGUCAGGGAGCCAACCCUUAUGUCAUACACGUCCAUGGGAUUUUUCAGGGUCGAUUGCCUUCUUCUGGACCAACAACACAGCUGGGGUUGGUCAUGGAGUUCAUGGAGAGAGGAUGUCUGACCAACCUUCAGAAGACUUUACAAGGACCUCCACCCUGGCCGCUGGCUUUCAGACUGACUCACCAGGUGGCUCUGGGUAUAAACUUCCUACACAGUCUCUCACCUGCUGUGCUGCACUUAGACCUGAAGCCAAGCAACGUACUGCUGGACUUCAAUUUGAACGCCAAGCUCACAGACUUUGGCCUUGCAAGGUUUUCCAGCAGCGUCACACGAGUUUCCAAGAAAGACAGUGAAGAGGAAGGAGGAACUCUCAGCUACAUGCCUCCAGAGGCGUUUGAGGUUUCAUACGAUCCAACAAGGGCCUCUGAUAUCUACAGCUAUGGUAUACUUCUGUGGUCCAUUGUCACAGGAAAACAGCCAUAUGCAAAUGCCAGGUCCACCAUAGUGCGUUUACGCAUCCCGCAGGGAGACCGUCCGUCUCUAGAUGAGAUAAGGUGUCAGGCUGCAGGAGUGGCAGGACUGACGACCCUCAUCAACCUCAUGCAGCGAUGCUGGCACACAAAUCCCAACCAGAGGCCUUGCUCCCGUGAAUGCACAACUGAGACAGAAGAAUUGCACAAGUUACACAAGCACACAAUCCAUGAUGCCGUCCAUCAGGUCCUAAAGAAACUGGACCAAUAUGAGGAAGAAAUCAUUUCUGAGCAGACUACCAGGAUUUCCAUUUCAGAGAGUGACGUUGUUGCAGCAGUGGCCCCAAGACUCCACGCUUCUCCUGACAUUGUGAAGACGGGACCUCCACCGGUUCAGGAAAUGGUUGGCGGUGAGCGAGAAAAUCAAAGACACAAUGCACCGGUUGAAAAUUCGUCACCUGGCCACGCUAAAAACAUGUGUGAAGUUGACCAGGGUCCCUCAGCAACGGCCCAGAUAACCAACCAAUCCUCUGUAGAACCUAUGACGGUGUCCUCCCAGGCUCCCCUGCCACAGCCCACAGCCAAAGCAACAAGGCUGAAGGACAUAAAGCAGUCUAAUUACCAGCGUCAGAUUUCCAGUCCGGAAAGCUUCCCCAGCCGACCGUCACCGCCUCAGGCAUUCUACGUUCAAUACUCCAAUGUGUCUAAUGCUCAGUUUGGAAACAACAACAAAAUGUACAUUUACUCCUCUGGCUCCUCUGAGAGGAAGAGGCACCCAACAGCGCCAUCUAUUGUUAGCUCCACACAACGCUGAGUUGACUUUCUUUGUCUGGAGUUUCUGGAACUAUUUUUAUUUUCCUUUUCCUAUUUGACCCUUUUUAUAUCAGUUAUUUAUUUUUUUAUUUUAUUUUUUGCAUGAAUGUAUUGACGGCCUUUUCAGAGGGCCUUUUGCCAGCUUUUGGUUCUGCUUCCUUUGUUUGGAAUUUUGUUUAACCAGCAAGAAAAAAAAAAAUCUCCCGUCCAGCAUUUUGCACAUUCAGCAUCAUAAAAACAAGCCAAGACUGCUGUUUUUUUUUUUCUUCACCAAAUGUGGUCAGAAAAUAUCUAUAGUAACAGAGGCCAGCAUGCCUAAAGAUGCCAGAGCUUGCCUUCACUACCAGCUGACUAUGAUUUAAAAAAGUAAGCGCCUGUUUUGACACUUUUCAGAAUUUACAUUUAGUGAAAGAUAACAUAAGCAGUAGAUUUCUUCCCAUUUUA